AUGGCUUCAAUAGAGGCAUUGGCUUCUUCGCCGCUUGUAUGGGUGACCGUAGGAAAAACAGAGCAUGCAGCAUUUCUCCUCAAGACUGGCUCGAAAGGCGCGUUCGUCAAGUGGGCAUCCACUCUAGAAACGGACUGGGUACCGGAGAAUCAAGUGCAGUAUUCUUUGACGCCGCGAAGUCGGCGACCGCCUAUCGAACCCGCUUCAUGCAGCUUUUCGUCACCAAACAAGAAGCGUGGGAAAAUUGAAAAGGUUACCAAGCCAAAACCUGAUGCCAACCCAUCGAUGUGCGCUCACGAUGAACUACAAAGCAACAUUUCCAGAACCUAUUCCCAUGGAGUAGAGAAUUUACUCCUUCUGAAAUCGUCGAUCCGUCGCGCUACUACGGAAGCGAAAAUCCCAAACGAUGCGAUACUCUCGAUUCGUACUUCUUGCACAAGUGCAACAGCAAUUGAAGUAGCGCACAAUGAGGUGACUGUUAAAGAUUCCACUGACCCUGCAAAGGAACCACAAUACAUUUCUCCACGAUCCUUGCCGAUUGCGCUCAGUCUUCUAGACCCGCCGUGUCUUUGCCCUUCCGAUAGUAGUCAGCCAUCAGCACUCGAUGUUGAGACGCUGGACGAAAACUUCACGCUGGCUGAAAUCAAAACUUUGCGCUCAUCUUCUUCUUUGAUUUCUCAAAACGGCCUAAUGGACGAAACUGCUCUUAUCAAUGACAAUGGCCCGGCUUUGGGCGAGGAAGAGACUGUCACGCCAAUCGAUGCGUUCGCUACAGAAUACUCUUUAUGGAACUCCGCGUAUCUCCAGAAUUUGGCCGAAAUUUGCCAUACAAUUCAGAACGACUUACGUUGGAGGGUGGGAAAAAGUAGGCAGCCUUUAUUUCGAUGGGAAAAUGGGGACGAUCUCAGAUCUAUUACAGCGCUGGCUAGACGCUUUCGGCCGAUUCCUAGACAGACAUCCAACUCCCCUUGCAAAUGUGAAAUUUGUCGUAAGGAAACAAGAAGUAACGGUGCCAUCUUAAAAGCACGGACGACAAUCCAGCCGUCCGAAGGCGCAUCAAAAGCCAGCGAUGCGCCACCGGAAGAUGACGACCAAUGUCGAGCGCUGUAUCUUUAUUGUCGGUUGUUUUAUCGAAAAGGUCCUUGGUUUCGCUUGGAUGACAUGUUUGCCAAAUAUUAUGCUCCAAAACAGCGACUUGGCUCCGCGCUUGACGGAAAUGACUCAGCUGCAGAAACGGAGAUUGCAGCCAAGGAGAAUUUUUUUAAUCGCUCUCGAGGAGCCAAGAUAUCAAAAAGCCGCAAGUGUGACACUGUUGACGAAAUACUUUUUCAAAAGCACACCGAUGCGAUCCAGAAACUUCUUUCAGAUGUCGUGCUGCUCCUUCGCAACGGUCUUAUACGGUCAUUCAACGAUGAGGAAGAAUGUGGUAGGACAGUUGGUGUUGGCGUCCUCAAUGCCGAUGAACGUCUAAAAGUACUGAGCAAGCUUGGUGGCGGCAAGAAGCGACUAAGCAAGAAAGAGCAUACGGGGGUACGACAGGAUGCCAACGAAAUAUGGAAACAAAUGAGCACGCAACGAUCAAUGGCAUCUACAAGCUCUGCGAAAGAAGUUUCAGCAAAUUCGCUAUUGCCAGUACGUCGACAUGUUAGGACCAUUGUACUCGAGAAGCUUUACCAAUCAUCUAUCAUGGCUUGUACAAAGGCGGAAUAUUUGCCGCAACAUGUCUUUGCUAAAUUCAAGGAGAAGCUACAAUCAGCUGUGAAUGACCUGGUACAGAAAUUACUCUCCAUAAAGGGUUCGGACGGGUUCUGCUUCCGGCCGCGUGAGGAACCGACACGAACUCUUCGGCGGGCCGUUCGAUUGUAUCUUUGUGCAACAUCAGGUCCCGGUGAAAUGAGAAGCGAUGGGUACAACGGUUGGAAGAGUCUUGUUGACACCGAUGCUCAGACUCCUUUUGCUCGAAUGAUACCAAUCCCAGGACUACAUACGUGGAAUAGUAUUGUCUAUCCAGGACUCGCCUAUCGAUUUGGUUUAGCUUCUUUCUGUCUCAUGGACGCGUUUGCUCCUUUGCCAAUAUCUCAGGGUACCCUUGAUGACACAAGCAAAAGAAAUGUGUUUGCUAGCAUCUCGCAUUUUAAGGCUUGGGAGGUCUGUGCAGAGCUUAGAGCGCAUGCUGACUAUCUAUUGGAGCUGAAUGAAAUGUUGCGCUAUGAGAAACGUCGACCAGAAAGGACCGCAGUGCACGCGUCCAACAAUGAUAGCGUCGACAGUCUUAGCGUGCUGACAGGCUCAGGCAGACAGGCGCUUUUGGUCGAUAUUUUGUCUUGCAUGAGUGUAGGUUCUCAGCAGAAGCACUCAUUGAUAAACACCAUGGAACGGGACAUAGAAAGUCUUUCGUCGUCUUUCGAAACAGAAUGUGAAUCAGUUCUAGGUUGUAUAGCAAUGCUAGCAUUUGAGGUACUUAAGCUUCGCAACGAAACAAUUCCUGAUGAGGAAUACUUAAAGCUUUCUGAUCGUCCUUGGCUGCGCCACUUGUGGUGGGAAGGUUGCUUGGCGUAUAUUUUAUGGGACGUCAUCCCGAUUUUUGAGCGUAGAGGACUGUAUGUACUUUCCGUUCGAUUUUUGGAAGUACUUCUGUUCGGGCGCGUUUCUGAAAAAGCUUCUGGGCCUGACGCCUUCUCUGUACCAAGAGUUGACCAAGCUACGCGCUUGUCACCAUUGUUGCUUUCGCGGCGAGCCAGGGGUAAAGCAUUCGACAGAAUUAUCAUCGAUUUGAACCACAUACUUCGAAAGAGAGCGAAAGAGAAGCAAGUCAAAGAAAAUAUGAAGCCUCCGCCAAUCGACAAAUCAUGGUUGACGGAGUUCUGUGUCGCAGCUGUAAAACGUGUUGCCCCAUUGGGUUCGAUUGGCUUUGCUGCCAUCAGAGGGCUUGCUAAACGCUUACAAAGGCCUUUGUCAAAAACUAUGGAGUCCCUCACCUGCUUGGAAUCCGAAGUUCUUGGACUUCGGUACUGCAAUAGUUGCAAAGAGUCGAUGGUCGCGGUUGAUCACUUGAAAUAUUCAGACUGGACACCCACGACUGAUCUUGCCGUAGCGAAUGCAGUCCCAAGCGGUGAGAAGAGCGUUGGCUCGAGAUGCUUUUUUGUGGGCCAUGAGGAUGAAAAUGAUUCAGCAGGGCUGUCCGCUUCGCUCAAUGUUGAAGAACUUGCAAUGGAGUAUUACAAGACCGACCGAUUAUCGGCAAGUUGCGAGACAACAUCUACUAGAGGAGGCUGGUUUGGUUACCACGACGAGGGCGGACACUUGAGAGCUUUGUUUCGGUUGCUUUCCGCUGGAUCUGUCCUUGGAAUGGAUUGGGGAUGCUCUGUUUUGGCUUGCUCCGCUUCGGACAAAACAGAAUUAGCAACUGUUCACUUGUCGCCAUACCAGGGAGCUCCCUUUGACCUCCAUGUGGGAUACGAAUUGAAUUCCUCACCAGGUAGAGAUGCUGCUGAACCAUCUAGGAGUUUUUUUGCCAGGCGCCGAUAUCGUAUCGAGUGCUUUUUGGACAGUAUGGCAUCUUUGAGUGAUCAAGAACUCGCUGAUCUUGUAUACGACUCAACAAUGGCGCGCGUGGAAUAUAUGCAAGAUCGUCGACGUAAAGACCCUUCUCUUCUGAGAGAUUUAAUGCAGCUUCGAACCCUAUCUUUCAUUGCUGCGGCAUGCGGUGGAAAAUUACUGGCCGCAGCUUUUCGAUGCUUCUUUUUUGAUUAUCGGCAUUAUAGUGGGGGACUCCCCGAUUGCCUUCUUUUACGCGCAACCUACGACGACAGUACGUUGGGCCACGUUGAUCUUGGGCAUUGGAUUGGUGAGGCCUUCGAUGCAACGAAACAGGACGCGGAGCAUCUUCAACAAGCAUUGGCUAUGCUGGCCGAUAAGGAUGACGAAUUUCUGGGAUGCGGCAAAGUUGGAGACUCUGGAGGCCACAGUCGAUCCAAAGCUAAACGCAGGCAGCCGAGUAGCAAUCGUCUGCCGGUGAAAAUUCCAUCGCUUGCUGACGUGCCCGAGAGGCUCGAGCUCUGCUGCAAUGGCCGCAACAUAAAGGCGGAAUGCAUGAUGGUGGAGGUAAAGAGUUCAAACGAUCGCUUAGAUCCUCGUCAAGAGGACUGGCUCAACAUUUUGGAUCAACACGGCAACGCUCGUGUAUGCAAGUUUGAAGACAGUAAGAAGGGAAAGAAUAGAAAGCCGAAUUCAAGGACAUCCACUGGUUCGGCCUAG